GAUAGUAAACACCCUGUGUGCUUGCAUUUUGGGGAACUCAAUCAAUUGAGUAGCAGCACAAUCUUAAAAACGAGUAAGAAAGUAAUCCCUGAAGGACGUUUGAGACAUUUUCCUUUGAAUGAGACAAUGAAGUUUGUGCAAUUGGGAGUUGUUAUUUUCCUUUGUAAGGCCUUUGUAUGUGGAUUUGCGGAGGAGUCUUCAUGUACACCUGGCUUUGAGUCGGAGUUGCUGGUGUUUAAAGUGCACAGAGAUGACCUUCACCAAGGAAAAAGACUAGGACGAGUAAUUUUUAAUACAUGCAAUGGAAGAACAAGAACGCUCUUUCAGUCCUCUGACAAGCGGUUUGCUGUGAACACGGAUGGGACUGUAACACUGAAGAGACAAGUCACUCUUCAUGAAGGACACAAGGUGUUUUCUGUGCACACUUGGGACUCCAGUGGCAAGAAGCACACGGUGUCUGUCAGAGUUGAGCGUGUCCACCAUCAUGAGGACCAUCACAUGGACACGGUCAUGAACAUCUCCUCUCCACAGAUGCAAUCUCCCUCUGACGAUCUAAAGAGAGCAAAGAGAGAAGCAAAGGGAGGUUGGAUUAUUCCUCCAAUCAAUGCAAUUGAGAAUAGCAGAGGUCCUUUCCCAAUAAAGCUGGUCCAGAUAAAGUCAGGCUAUUCUAGAGAAGCUCAGAUGGCAUACAGGAUCACAGGUGAAGGAGCAGAUCUGGACCCUAAGGGGACUUUUACUAUAGAAAAAUUAUCAGGGAAUCUGUAUGUGACUCGACCACUCGACAGAGAAACAAAAGCUUCAUACAGAAUUAUGACUCAUGCUACUGGAGUUGGUGUGAAUGUAGCAGAAAAGCCAAUGGAAAUUAUUAUAAAUGUGCUGGACCAAAAUGAUAAUUUUCCAGUUUUUACACAAAAUCCAUUCAAUGGAAAUGUUCCUGAAGCUGCUGAAAUAGGUCAUGAGUUUAUGACAGUCACAGCCACUGAUGCAGAUGAUCCAGAGACUGACAAUGCAGAAAUCAGAUACUCAAUUGUUAAGCAAGAUCCAGAAUCACCAAAUCUAAACAUGUUUCAAAUCAACUCUGUUACUGGAGGAAUUCAUCUGAAUUCUUUAGGUUUGGACAGAGAGAAAUGGUCCAAAUACACUUUGACAGUUGUCGCUGCUGAUAUGGAAGGAAGAGGUUUUUCAUCCACUGCCACAGCUGUUAUUACUGUGACUGACGGCACUGAUGGCGCAAAAUCACAGAAAAUAACGUAUAAAAUUGGCAAUGAUCCUGCCGGCUUGCUGAGUGUAAAUCAAGACACUGUAAUGAUUAAAGUCAAGAGGCUUAUGGAUAGAGAAUCUCCCCAUGUGAAAGAUGGCAAAUACACAGCUAUCAUUUUGUCCGUUGAUGAUGGUAAUCCUCCAGCUACUGGCACAGGAACCCUGAUAAUUGAUUUGGAGGAUUUGGUCUGCAGUGAUUCAUCUAUCAAGUCUUUGCCCACUUCUGCUGUGAAGAAAUAAACAAGGUUCAAUGUGUAAACAGGGCCUAAUAUACAUCUUUAGAGUUUUAUAAUCGUUUAUUCAUAAUUACCCCCCCCCCCCCCCACACACAUACACACACAUUUGCUGAACAUUAAUAUUUUACACUUGUUAUAACUACAUCAUCUUAAUAAUGCUGUAAUCACUGUUAUCUAAAGGAUAAUGUACAGCCAGAUGGUUUAUUAUAUAUUUUUUUUAAAUUGCUGUUUUACUGUUUUCACAAGUAAGUUUUCAUAUAUUAACUUUUUAGUACUAAUCUCACAAGAGAUCAUCAUAAUUUUACUGUUUUUCAAACAUUUAAGAAUAUUUUCUGUUGAUUUAUUACAAGAUUCAAAAUGACAAACUUUACUUUUUCACUCUUUUCAUAAGUUUAAUCUUUAUAUAUUUUUCUUAUUAUAUGAAGUAAUUGCUUCAUAUUGUUAUGCACAUUAAACCUUAUAAUUUGCA